AUGGUCGUGUUAUUAUUACUCGGCGUAUUCGUUGUUCGUUCUGUGUCCCAUACUAUCACACUUCUUGAAGUACCACUUUGGGCUGAUCCAAGGAAAGAGGCGGAGUUGCGUUGCCACUAUAUGAGGCAACCUCAAGACCCAGCUCUCCACUCUGUUAAAUGGUAUCGUGACACACACGAGAUAUUUCGUUACACUCCUCAAGAGUACGAAACGCGAGCUUUUAAUAGUAGUGAGAUCUCCGUCACCAAUAGUUCCUGUGAUUUAAGCGCUUGCGUUAUAACAGUGCGUCCCGAGCGAGGCACAGCGAAGUAUACUUGUGAAGUGUCCAGCGAGGGACCCAGAUUUGCUGUAGAUAAACGUUCUGCCAACAUGACUUUAGCAGUGCUACCAGAGUAUGAUCCACUCAUCACUGGACUUCCGACCAUCGUACAAGUAGGCGAACAAGCGCUUGUAAAUUGUACUUCAGACUACUCGAUACCUGCAGCUGAUAUCGAUUGGUUCGUAGACUCAGAACCACAAGAGUUCGAGGCCACUGUAUCCACUAGGAAACACGUUUUCAUACAUUUUACAACGGAAUCAUUUACUUCUGGCCUCCACGAAGGAUUCGGUCUGAGUGGGUUUCUUAUGACAUAUAAGGAUCCUUUGAUAACUGGCGAGACGCACGUAUCGGGCGCGGACGGGGACGGUUUACGAGCAUCAUGGCGAACCCUGCACGUGUUCCCGGACGACUACAUAACGCACCGCGGCUAUCUGUCAUUGCGUUGCAGAGCCACGCUGCCGACCCGACCGCCGCAUAUCCGCAGCAUGUCUGUUCGACUAUACGUAGCCAGUCGUCCGCACAUAUCUUCCUAUAUGUUUAGUAAGAAUAAUGCUGUGGCUGAGAGCACCUCGAUAAGAUUUCGAUGGGAAAUGCUUGUAUGGACUUUAUUGCUCUUAUUCGGGAGAUAA